CCAGACGAGAUUCUGGAGUGAAAUCUCCCCAAUUCUCCCAUUUCAAUUUAGGACAUGCUUCCUUCUUGCAGAAUUUUGGGAAAGACUGCUCCGGCUCUGACAAGAGCAUUCCGAGCUACUGCCUGCCGUUCCGCUGUAGUUGGUAAUACUGCAGAUGCUAAGGUCACGAAGGAUCUGGGCACUGCUUAUCCUAUUGUGGACCACGAGUACGACUGCGUGGUUGUCGGUGCUGGAGGUGCGGGUCUGCGUGCCGCUAUGGGUCUUUCUGAAUACGGAUUCAAGACUGCCGUGAUUACCAAACUGUUCCCCACGCGUUCUCACACCGUCGCUGCCCAGGGAGGCGUGAACGCUGCUCUCGGCAACAUGCACGAGGACGACUGGCGUUGGCACUUCUACGACACGGUGAAGGGUUCGGACUGGCUGGGUGACCAGGACGCGAUUCACUACAUGUGCCGCGAGGCUCCGCGCGCUGUGCGCGAGCUGGAGGCGUACGGUCUUCCGUUCAGCCGUUGCGAGAACGGCAAGAUCUACCAGCGCGCGUUCGGUGGUCAGACGAAGAACUACGGCGAGGGCGGCCAGGCGUACCGCACGGCUGCGGCUGCGGACCGAACGGGCCACGCGAUGCUGCACACGCUGUACGGGCGGUCGCUGGCGUACAACACGUCGUACUUCAUCGAGUACCACGCGCUGGAUCUGAUCAUGAACGGCGACGAGUGCGUGGGCGUGAUGGCGCUGUGCCUGGAGGACGGGUCGAUCCAUCGCUUCCACUGCAAGCAGACCAUCAUCACCACCGGCGGCUACGGUCGCUGCUACUUCUCUGCGACGUCUGCGCACACGUGCACGGGAGACGGCACGGCGAUGGCGCUGCGCGCGGGCAUUCCGCUGGAGGACCCCGAGUUCGUGCAGUUCCACCCGACGGGCAUCUACGGCGUGGGCUGCCUGAUGACGGAGGGCUGCCGCGGCGAGGGCGGCGUGCUGCGCAACAGCGAGGGCGAGCGCUUCAUGGAGCGGUACGCGCCGACGGCGAAGGACCUGGCGUGCCGCGACGUGGUGUCGCGCGCGAUGACGAUGGAGAUCCGCGAGGGCCGCGGCGUGGGCAAGCUGAAGGACCACAUCUACCUGCACCUGGACCACCUGCCCGCCGACCUGCUGGCGGAGCGCCUGCCGGGCAUUUCCGAGACGGCCAUGAUCUUCGCGGGCGUGGACGUGACGAAGGAGCCGGUGCCGGUGCUGCCCACGGUGCACUACAACAUGGGCGGACUGCCCACGAACUACCACGGCCAGGUGCUGAAGCCCACGGAGCAGGACACGGAGAAGGUGGUGCCCGGACUCUGGUGCGCCGGCGAGGCGGCCUGCACGUCGGUGCACGGCGCCAACCGCCUGGGCGCGAACUCCCUGCUGGACAUCGUGGUGUUCGGCCGCGCCUGCGCGAACUACAUCAACGAGAUCAGCAAGCCCGGCGAGGCGAAGACCCCGCUGCCCGCGGACGCUGGCAAGGCCUGUCUGGAGAACCUGGACCGCCUGCGCUACGCGAAGGGCGCCAUCCCCACCGCGCAGCUGCGACUGCGCAUGCAGCGCACCAUGCAGGACUACGCGGCGGUGUUCCGCACGGAGGAGACGCUGCAGGAGGGAUGCAAGCGCAUGAACGAGGUGGUGAAGGAGAUCCGCGACGUGGGCAUCACCGAUCGCUCCAUGAUCUGGAACACCGAUCUCAUCGAGACGCUCGAGCUCCAGAAUCUCCUCGAGCAGGCACACUGCACCAUGAUCGCCGCCGAGGCGCGCAAGGAGUCGCGUGGAGCCCACGCGCGCGAGGACUACAAGGAGCGCGAUGACGUGAACUGGUUGAAGCACACCGUGGCCUACCACGACGACGCUCUGUUUGGAACGGGAACCACCAAGCUGAUGUACCGUCCCGUGCAUAUGAACACGCUGGACGAGAACGAAGUGAAGCCCAUUCCGCCCAAGGCGCGUGUGUAUUAAUCGUUUAUUGUAACUGUGUUGUUGUAAUUA